AAAAUGUCCUCAAUCACAAUCGCAACACUUCCUCGCAUGAGUCGAGAUGUCCUCUCAUCUCUACUCUUGUCCACAAGCACUCCGAGCAAAUUAGCCAUUAUAGACGUUCGAGAUUCUGACCACGUAGGCGGCCAUAUCCACACCUCAACCUGGGUCCCCAGCUCAACCCUAGACUACCGCAUCCCCGAACUCGUACGCACACUCAAAGACAAGGAGAAAGUCAUCUUCCACUGUGCUCUCAGUCAACAACGAGGACCGUCCGCGGCAUUACGCUACGUGCGCGAACGUGAACGUACCUUGGGGGUAGAAGAAAGUAAGAAACAAGAAAUAUAUAUUCUUGAAGGAGGGUUUGUGCAGUGGCAGGAAAAAUUUGGGAAUGAUACGAGAUUGACGGAGGAGUAUAUUGAGGAUAUUUGGAGGGAGUAUUGAUCCCUUUUUUGGACAAAGAUGGAGUGAAGGUCAACAUGCGCUGGACGCAGUUGUAUAUAUUUCGAUGAUACCCUACAUUUAUUCUACAGUUAUACAUGUUUCUAUCAUACAUCUCCUGUUAAAUUUCGGAUAUCAACCAACAACACCGCCCCCGAACCCAACAGGUCUUCUCCUCCCCCCAUUCUCGGGAACUAUAACCAAAGCCUUAUACAACUUCCCCAUACCGUUAGGCCCCUUAUCCACCAAUCUCUUCCAAGCCGUCUGAAGCAUCU